AUGGGCCUUGUCUCAGAGAUAUGGCAAGCGGUCUUUCCACGUGCCAGGAAAUUCCUGGGCAUCCUGGCAUGGCUUUCCAUCUGGCAGACACUGGCAGUGGACGAUGGCAGCUUCAGUUUAAGUUUUAUUUUAGAUAGACACACACACCCCUCUGACCUGGAGAACCUCACCCCAACUCCGGGGCUGUGUUUUAUCCUGUCUGACAGGCGCUGGUGUGAGAGGCUGGUCCAGGUGCGGGAGGAAGAUGUGGUGAGCGUCCGACGGGAAGACCUGGUGCCUUGUGUGGAGGUUUACCAUUACACCAUGGCCGGUUGGCACCUCGACCGGGACCGGACCCGCCGAGACUCCGAACCUGGGGGGACCCUGUGCUACAUUUACAAGAACGAGGACCCCCGGCCCGUCGCUUGGAAUCGGACGGUGCGUGCCUGUUGUGACGGAUGGACUGGGCCCCACUGCAGUGAGGGAACGGCGUCAGUGGGCUCCUGUUUCUCCUCCGGGCAGUGCCAGGAUGGUCCCGGGUUGCAAAACCUCUCACUCGUCAGCAUGUCUGAAUGCUGUAGCCUCCCUUGGGGACGCAGUUGGCGAAAUGCCACUUCCGGGCUCUGCUUUACCUGCUCUAGGGAGCCCCUGAAAGGGGCCGUGGCUUCACCGUCUCUGCUCCGCCCACCCACCCACUCAGUGCUUCUGGCCCGACAAAAGUACCACAAUCCCCCCUUUGCAACCUGUCUCACUUGGGACGGAUUGCACUAUCGCACCUUCGAUGGGAAACAUUUCCGCUUUGUGGGGAACUGCACCUACAUCCUGGCUGCGGCUUCCGAUGGCACCUGGGCUGUCUACAUCUCAUCCGGCAGUGGGGGCUGCAUGCUGGGCCAGUGUCAACGGGAUCUCCGCAUCCUUUUCGGACUUGACUCGGUGACGGUUCACGGCCGCAACAUCUCGCUUAAUGGCAUCGUGGUGCCUGAGAGGGAGGCUCUCCUGCGAAAGGGGAUCAGCAUCUGGUGGCUGGGGGACUUCCUUUUUGUGGACAGUGGCCUUGGAGUCCGGGUGAAAUUUGACGGACACAGCACGGUGUACGUCACCAUUGGCACCACCCUGCAAGGCACCACCCAGGGGCUGUGCGGCAUCUACAACAACAACCCUGCAGAUGACUUCCAACGCGUGGAAGGGGAUUUGGUCAUGCUGGCGGCCAGUUUUGGCAAUUCAUGGCGGAUUCCAGAGACCAGGCUGCAGAGUCUGUGCCGAGACGCCGCGGAGGAACCGCACCACUGUGACACGGUGCUGGACGACGAUGUUCAGGAGGCUGCCAGGGCGACUUGCCAAAAGUUGUUCUCUAGUCCUUUCAGCCAAUGUCAUAGGCAGGUGGACCCCCAAAGUUUCUACGAUACCUGCAAGUAUCUGUUGUGCAGCCGACGGGCAGGGCCUGGUGACGCCUGCGAGACCUUUGCCAGCUACGCCCGGGAGUGUGCCCAACACGGGGUCUUCAUCAACUGGAGAAGGGCCGGUUUUUGUGAGAAGCCGUGCGGCCCCGGACAGCGCUACACGGAUUGCGUCUCCUUCUGCCCGCCCAGCUGUGCAGCGGUGGGCAUGGCGGACAGUGAGCACUGCCGAGCGGAGUGCGUGAGCGGUUGUGAAUGCAUCCCGGGACUCUACUUAGAGGAAGGGUCUUGCAUCCUGCCAAGCCGGUGUCCCUGUUUCCACCGACGGCAGAAGUUCCACCCAGGAGAGACACUACAACAGCGCUGCAACCAGUGCACAUGCCGAGGGGGUCAGUGGGUCUGCUCACAGGAUCGGUGCGCCGGCGAGUGCGUCCUCCACGGACGUCUCCAUUACUUGACUUUCGAUGGAAAGCGUUACUCCUUCCGUGGGGUUUGCCACUAUGUCCUGGUGCAGGAUUUUGCUGAUGGGAAAAUUCAGAUCUGGGCGGAGAACGAACCGUGCGGGAACCAGGGUGCUGUCAGCUGUCUUCGGGCUGUGACUGUCACUGUGCAUAAAACCUCGGCCUGGCUGUCCUUCUCAGGGUCCGUCUCGGUGAACGGGCAGGACGUUGCCCUCCCAUUCAGCAACGCUGACCUGACUGUCCGCCGCGCCUCCUCCGCCUUCCUCCUCCUCCAGGCCUUUGGGGCUCACCUGCUGUGGGGCCUGGAGUUCCCGGCUGCCUACAUAACUCUCCAGCCCAGCUUCGCUCACAAGGUCCGUGGCCUUUGUGGGACUUACAACUGGAACCAGCAGGAUGAGUUCACCACCCCGGAGGGCGACGUGGAGCCCGGCGUGGCUGCGUUCGCCCGCAAGUUCCAACUGCCCGCCGCCUGCGCCCCCGCCGCCGGUCUCCGCUUCGACGCCUGCAGCACCUACACCCAACGGCGGCAAUACGCGGAGGCAGCUUGCGCGGCCCUUCACGGCGCGCCGUUCCAGCCCUGUCACAACUUGGUGGAGCGGGAGCCCUUCUACCAGCUGUGCCUGGAGGACGUCUGCAGCUGUUCAGCCGGGGACGACUGUCUUUGUGGUGCCCUGGCCGCCUAUGCCCAUCAUUGUGCCCAGGAGGGAGCCCUCGUGGCCUGGAGGAACCAGAGCUUCUGCCCGGUGCAGUGCUCCGGGGGCCAGGUCUACCGAGAAUGCACCACCCCCUGUGGAAGAACCUGCGCCGACCUCCCCGUGGGAAAAAAUGGUGCCUGCGAGGACCUCCAGCCUGCUUGCGUGGCUGGGUGCAACUGCCCAGAUGGCCUCGUGCUGGACCAUGAAGGGCAGUGCAUCCAGCCGGCCAUGUGUCCUUGCCUCCACCGCGAGAAGGCUCACCCGCCCGGCAGCAGGAUCCAGAGGAGUUGCAACAGCUGUGUUUGUGAGAACGGGGCCUGGAGUUGCACAGAGGAGACCUGUCCCAGUGCCGUCCUUUGUCCUGGAGAGCUGGUCUACGCCUUCAAAGCUUGCCUCCUCACCUGCGAGAGUCUCCUGAGCAACCUCAGCUGCGACGGUGCCUCUGAUGGCUGCGUCUGCCCUUCUGGCACCGUCUUCCUGAAUGAGCAUUGCGUGUCACCAGAGGAAUGCCCCUGUCACCACAACGGCCACCUCUACCAGCCCAACGAGACCAUCGCCAGGGACUGCAACACUUGCAUUUGCAGAAAGCAGCGCUGGGAAUGCAGCCGCCGCCGCUGUGCAGCCACCUGCGUAGCCACCGGAGACCCGCACUACCUCACCUUCGAUGGGCGGGUGUACACCUUCCUGGGGGACUGUGAGUACGUCCUGGUCCGCGAGAAUGGCGGCGCCUUCACCAUCACAGCUGAGAAUGUCCCCUGCGGCACCAGUGGCACCACCUGCACCAAGUCCGUGGUAGUGCUAUUAGGCAGCAUGACGGUUCACCUGCUCCGAGGCACUCGGGUCUAUAUCAAACUGGAAGCCAAGUUCCAAGGCCGGGUAGCAGGGCUCUGUGGGAACUUUGACGGUGAUGCGGAGAAUGACUUCUCCAGCCAACAAGGCAUCGUGGAACCCACGGCUGACCUCUUUGGCAACUCCUGGCGCAUCAGCCUUCUGUGUCCUGAAGUCAACGCCGAGGACUUUGAACAUCCCUGCAUGGUGAAUUCUCACCGUGCAACAUGGGCUCGGAAGCGUUGCGGGAUUCUCCUUCAGGAUCUCUUUGCCCGUUGCCGUGAGGAGCUGCCCUGCCAACAGUUCUAUGAGUGGUGUGUUUUUGAUGCCUGCGGGUGUGACUCUGGAGGGGACUGCGAAUGCCUCUGCACGGCUGUUGCAACAUACGCCGAGGAGUGCAACCAGCGAGGAGUCUCCGUCCGCUGGAGAAGCCAGGAACUCUGCCCUUUACAGUGUGAUCAUGGGAUGGAGUAUCACCCCUGCGGCCCCGCCUGCCCUCCGACGUGCCAGAACUUCGGCUUGGAGCCUGCCGAGCACUGCCCGCUGGAGACGGCAUCCUGUGUGGAGGGAUGCUUCUGUCCAGAAGGCAAAGUAUUGCAUGGCGGACGCUGCAUCGACCCGUCCGAAUGCCCCUGCUUCUGGGAGGGCAUCUUAUUCCCGCUGGGGGCGCUGAUGACACAGGAGUGCAGGAACUGCUCAUGUGAGGCCGGCCUGUGGCAAUGUACCGCCCCUCCAGAGACUUGUGGCACCCCCUCCUCUCGCUGUGCCGAAUCGGAGUUUGCUUGCCGCACGGGCGGGCGCUGUGUCCCCAUGGCCUGGCUGUGCGACAACGAAGAUGAUUGUCGGGACGGAUCGGACGAAGUCUGCCCUUUGAGCUGCCCUCCAGACCAGUACCGGUGUGCCGGCGGGCAAUGCAUCCCCUGGGGGUACCGCUGCGACGGCGCCGCUGACUGCGCUGACCACUCGGAUGAAAAGGAUUGCCCCUCGCCCGGAUGCUCGCCACAGGAGUUCCGGUGCAACAACGGGCGCUGCAUCCCUCACCGGGACUAUUGCGAUGGGGAGCUGGAUUGCGGGUUUGCCGACCCCUCUGAUGAAGCCGAUUGUGGACCAGCCUGUAAGCUGAGUGAGUUCCGUUGUGCGGCUGGGCGCUGCUUGCCGUACCUGCAUCGCUGCGACGGGCACGAUGACUGCGGUGAUUUUAGUGAUGAACGCGACUGCGCCUGCCUUGCUGGGGAAUUCCAGUGCCCGAGUGGUCUAUGCCUUCCCAAAGCUCUGGUUUGCAAUGGCCGGCAGGACUGCCCCUCUGGCAUAGAUGAGACUUUCUGCCCAGAUCUGGUGAUGUGCGCUCCAGGCCAGCUAGCUUGUCCAAAUGCCACUUGUGUGAGCCAUACACAGGUGUGUGACGGUGUACACGACUGCAAUGAUGGUACUGAUGAGGACCCUUCUCGGUGUCCACCGAUACAGACCAUCCCUCUUGUGCCCACCGUUUCGCCAGCUUUUCCUGGAACCCGUCAGCCUGUCGCCAACAGGACCCUGGGGCCACCCUGCGGGCGCUACGAGUUCCACUGCCACAGUGGGGAGUGCCAGCCGCGGGGCUGGGUGUGCGACAAUGAAGCGGAUUGCCUCGAUGGCAGUGACGAGCUCCACUGCAACCGCACAUGUGAACUGGACCAGUUCCCUUGCGCCCACGGGGCAGAGUGCAUCCACUACCAGCAGCUCUGCGACGGCGUCCCACACUGCCAGGACCAGUCUGACGAAAGUGUGGACACCUGUGGCUCCACGCAGAUCCCCCCUUGCCCCGGGUUCUUCAUCUGCAAUGACCGGAUGUGCAUCAACGUAUCCCGGGUGUGCGAUGGCUCGCCCGACUGUUCCCAGGGAGAAGAUGAGCUCGCCUGCGAAAUCCCGGUGGCUCCACCAGGCGAAAGGAAUCAGACAGUUGGUCCGUGUCCGGAAUAUUCUUGCAGCGAUGGUGCCUGUAUUGCCUUUAAACAGGUGUGCAACGGUUUGGCCAACUGCGCGGACGGCACGGAAGCUUCAGGUUGGCUGCCCUCCGAUGAGCGGGACUGCGGCCUCUGGACGCCCUGGGCAGCCUGGAGCAUGUGCAGCCGCUCGUGUGGCACGGGACUCCAGAUCCGCCGGAGGAGCUGCACACGGCGGGCGGACGACGUCCUCCGUCACUGUCUCGGAGAGGAGACCCAGGCCCAGCAGUGCUUCCUAGUGGCUUGUCCUGUGGACGGCCAGUGGCGCGAAUGGGCUACAUGGUCCAACUGCACCGAGGACUGCCGUGGAGUGGUGGUCCGUCACCGCGAAUGCCUCCCAUCCCAGAAUGGUGGCCGCCACUGUACUGAAGGGCCGGACGGACCCGCUGGUUCGAUAGAGAUCCAGUUGUGUCAACGCGAGGACUGUCUCAAUGCCUCCACUUGCCCGGGGGAGUUGGUGAGCCAGAAGUGUGCCCCGUGUCCCACCUCCUGCACUGAGCUCUCCAGCCGUACAAGAUGCCGGAAGGACAGGCCUUGCCGACCAGGAUGCUGGUGCCCAGAAGGCCUGGUCUUGAACAGCGAGCAGCAGUGCGUGCGUCCACGAGAGUGCCCAUGCCAAGUGGCCGGUGUCCGCUACUGGCCUGGCCAGUUGGUCAAAGUCAACUGCCGGAUCUGCACUUGCCAGGAAGGACAGAUGAAACGUUGCCGGCAGAACCCGGAGUGCACCGUCAACUGCGGUUGGUCGGCGUGGUCACCGUGGGGUGAAUGUCUGGGUCCCUGUGGGGUGCAGAGCAUCCAGUGGUCCUUCCGGAGCCCCAACAACCCCAUCAAGCAUGGCAAUGGGCGGCAGUGCCGGGGCAUUUACCGCAAGGCCCGGAGAUGCCAGACGGAGCCGUGUGAAGAGUGCGAGCACCAUGGCCGGACUCACGCCAUCGGCGACCGCUGGCGUUCUGGCCAGUGCCAAGUCUGCCAGUGUUUGCCGAAUCUCACCGUCCAGUGCUCCCAGUACUGUCCCUACAGCGCAGUGGGCUGCCCCGAGGGCCGGGUGCUGGUGAAGGGCCGAGCAGACGCCUGCUGUUACUGCGCGGAAGGGGGGGAGAACCGGACCGCCGCCCCCAGCACUCUGCCUCUGGGACCCCUGGGGACCACCCGAGCCAGCUCCCCACUCUACCCCACAGGUCCUCCACUCAGCACAUACCCCCUGCCUCCGUUCGGCGAUCUCUGCUAUGGCCCCCUGGGCAUCGCCUCCCUUCCAGACGCCAGCUUCACCGCUUCCGCCCAACAGCCGGAGAACCCGGCCCAUGCCGCUCGGCUGGGACUCCUGUUGCCCGGGGCCGACUUGCAGGGUUGGGCCCCUCCGGCAGAGGUUUAUCCGGAGCUGCUCUCUCGGCCUCCCUUCCUCCAAGUGGAUUUGAGGGAGCCCAGGAACCUGACAGGAGUCGUGAUCCAAGGAGCAGGGACCUCCGACGCCUACGUGACUAGCUUCUUCCUCCGGUUCAGCCUGGAUGGUGUGAGAUGGCACGACUACCAAGAGGUCUCCAGGAGUGCCAGGCCUGAACCGAAGCUCUUCCAAGGCAACUCUGACGACUCGACCCCCGUGGCCCGGACCUUCCAGCGCAUGGUGCAUGCCCGACACGUGCGUCUCCUGCCCCACGACUUCCACAAUGGCAUCUUCCUGCGUCUGGAGUUGUUGGGUUGCGGGAAAGUGUCCCCAGAGCAGCCAGGGUGGCCCACGUCCCCCCCAGGAUGGAAGCCUUGCUGGGCUGGCGAGUUCGAAUGCCGGAACGGACGUUGCGUGCCAACCGGGGCUCACGGAGCCAUCUGCAAUGGAGUGGAUGACUGCGGGGACUUUUCGGACGAGCUGCGCUGCGGUGUGGCCCCCUCCCUGGAGCCCCCCACCCCAGAGGGCUGCCCAGCUCCCCAUUUCCCCUGUACCUUUGCCGACCUCUGCCUCGAAGCCAGCCAGAGGUGCGACGGAGUGGCUCACUGCCCGGACGGCACUGACGAGAUCGGCUGCAUGGCAGUGAGCAGCAUGCCACCACCUGGCAGCCUCAGCCCGUGGACUUCAGAAAAGCAUCGUCAGGUCUCUGAGGCCCCAUCCACUGUGGUGUCCCCAGGUGGACGUCCCUUGCCCGAGGACCACAGCCCCACUCUGCCAGGUUCUUGCAAUGAGCCCCUCGGCCUGGAAGAUGGACGUGUCCCCUACCAGCAGUUGACAGCCUCCUCCCACCAGGAGGGACGUCCCCCAGAUGCCGGACGGCUGAACCGGGUGCCCAGUGGACAGAACACAGAGCCAGGAUGGAGCCCCCUUCAAUCCGACCCCAACCCCUACUUCCAGGUGGACCUUCUCCAGCCCUUCUUCAUCACAGCGGUGGCCACUCAGGGGGGUGGCAGCUCGGGCGGAUUCAUCGUACGCUAUCGCCUGCUUUAUAGCAACGAUGGGGUCCAUUUUUGGAACUAUACCACGCCUGGACACAGCCCAGUCACAUCUCUGAAGGCUCAGCUUCUGGAGGGGAAUUCUGACAGCAGCACCCCGAGACGGCAGGAGCUCAGCCCGACCCUCCUUACCCGUUUCCUGCGCUUCGUGCCUGUGGAGUACCACCAAAGCAUUUCCUUGCGCCUGGAGGUGUUUGGCUGCACCUGGAAGACGGAGCGUGCCAUGGGCCGGUUGACUUCUGCCAGCAGCAGCCCAGCCACCGGAAUAAUCCGUACAAGACCCACCACAGCCCCAUCUCCUCCGGAGAAGACUCUUGGCACCCCCACCUGGUUGCCCCCUUACACCAAACCAGCGAUGGCGGCAGUUUCCCGGAUCAGUGCUGCAGGACUGACCCCUUCUCGGCAGUUCCAGAAAAGCAGCAUGCCGGCUGUCUUGUCCACGGCAAUGCCUGGCCUUCGCCGGACCACUCCUUGGUCCCCGGCAACUCCUGGAUCAAGCAGUGCUUCCAGAGUGUCCACGUGGCAUGUUCUUUCACACCAACCUGAAACCCCUGGGUGGAGGCCCACUUGGUCAGUGCCAACUCUCGUCCCCUCUGCUGGGAUGCCUCGGGUCCUUUGCAUGCAAGGACAAUUUGCCUGUGAGACCUCUGGCUGUGCGGAGGCGGCUUCUGUCUGCGACGGGCAACAGGAUUGCGCUGAUGGCUCGGACGAGGCCCACUGCGGUGGUCCCAUGGCCCCCACGGCCCACACCUUGGCCCCCCCGAUCCCAACGGGGCCCCCCAGCACCUGCUCCUCCAAGCAGUUUUCUUGCCAGAGCGGGGAGUGCCUGAGCCUGGAACGCCGCUGCGACCUGCGGCAAGAUUGUCAGGACGGCUCCGACGAAGCCAACUGUGUGGACUGCAUCCUGUCUCCUUGGAGCCUCUGGAGCGAAUGCAGCCGGUCCUGCGGGUUGGGGGUAACCUUCCGGCGCCGCGACCUUCUCCGCAAUGCUCUCCCGGGAGGACGUUGUGAGCGCGAUGAAUUUGACAGUCGCUCCUGCUUUCUCCGAGCCUGUCCAGUGAAUGGAGCCUGGGCCGCCUGGGGCGAAUGGUCAGAUUGCGAUGCAGAGUGCCGGGGCGGUGUCCGAAGUCGCACCCGGACCUGCGCUGAUCCCCCGCCCAAGAACAGUGGACAGCUAUGUCCUGGAGAUGCCGUCCAGAUGGAGACGUGCAACCAACAGCCCUGCGGAGACGCCCGGGACUGCGGUCCGGACAUGGUGUUCGUGCAAGCCGGGCAUUGUGCCCGCGGCCUGGUGGAUCCUUGCCCACAGACUUGCCGCCAGUUGGGUGUCCAGAGGUCCUGCCAGAGCAGCUGCGUAGAGGGUUGCCGUUGCCCCCCUGGCCUUUUCCUCCAGGAGGGGGCCUGCGUGAACGUCAGCCAGUGCCACUGCUUCUUCGACCAUGACCACCGUCGCCCAGGGGAGAUCUUCCUGCGGGACAAUUGCAGUCAGUGCGUUUGCCUGGAGGGCACGGUGACCUGCGACGCGGUGGCUUGUCCUGUGAAGUGCGGCUGGUCGGCUUGGUCUCCGUGGACCCCCUGCAGCCGGAGUUGCGGGGUUGGGAUGCAGCAAAGGUUCCGAUCCCCCUCCAACCCACCGGCAGCCAACGGGGGUGCCCCAUGCCAAGGGGAUGCCCAAGAGGUGCGCGAGUGUCACACAAUCUGCACCACAGAAAUAGCCUUGCUCUGGAGCGACUGGACUCCCUGGUCCCCCUGUUCCAAAACCUGUUUCUAUGCCCCGGAUCUGGUUGGCACACGGAAACGUUUCCGGCACUGCAAUGGAACCUCGCAGGCCGUGGGGUGCGACGGAGAGGCCGUGCAGGAAGAGGACUGCGAGACGCCUCUCUGCCCAGUGGAGGGGAUCUGGACUCCUUGGUCAGCCUGGUCUACCUGCUCAACGCCUUGCGAUUCCGGGGUGCAAACUCGUGACCGUACCUGUUCCAAGCCAGCUUAUGGGGGCCCAGGCUGUUCGGGCCCCUUGAUCCAGACCCGAGAUUGCAACACGCAGCCCUGCAGAGCUCAGUGCCCGCCCAACAUGGUCUACCUGACGGCUGAGGAGUGCCGGCAGAAAGGGGGUGCUUGCCCCCGGCUCUGUCUGGACCGGGACACCCAAGUGGAGUGUGCCUCCUCCUGCCAAGAUGGCUGCCAUUGCCGCGAGGGCCUCUACCUCCAGAACGGAUCCUGUGUGCCGCUCAGCCAGUGUCUGUGUUACCACCAAGGGGACAGUUACCCGCCGGGCACCACCAUCCGUCGAGACUCUUGCAACAACUGCACCUGCCAGGAGGGGGCGAUGGUGUGCGGCACAGAACCUUGCCCAGGCAACUGUAGCUGGACCUCCUGGUCCGUUUGGAGCUCCUGCAGCCGGACUUGCAACGUGGGGACUCGGCGGCGGCACCGUGCCGACGUUGGGUUGGAAGGGCAGAACUGCCAGGGCUCCAAGGUGGAGAUUGAGUUCUGCAGCCUGCAGCCCUGCCCAGGGUCUGGCGUAGAAUGGGGCCCCUGGUCGGCGUGCUCGGUGCCCUGCGGGGGCGGCUACCGCAACCGGACCAGAGCCAGCAUGAGCGUCUUGGGCCGGCUUGACUUCUCCACCUGCAACCUUCAGCCCUGCACAGGGGAGAUCCCAGGCACCUGCCCGUCGGGGAAAGUAUGGCGAGAGUGCUCUGACGGGCCGGGUUCCUGCGCAGAGCUCAGCAUGGACGAUGACGCUGGACAGACAGCAUGCCGGCCGGGCUGCUACUGCCCCAACGGCACCCUCUUGCUGAACAACCUGUGUGUGCCAGCAGAGGCGUGCCCAUGCACCGUAGAGGGACAGAUCUAUGCACCCGGCGAAAUGGUGGCCAAAGGUUGCGAGAACUGCUCCUGCAUCGGUGGGCAGGUGGCCAAUUGCAGCCGCGCGGCCUGUGGUGAUGUGAACGGUCUGUGGUCUGAGUGGACCCCCUGGAGCAAAUGCUCAGCCUCCUGUGGGCUGGGACUGCAAAACCGAUACCACUUCUGCACCGAUCCGGCCCCUUCCGGCAUUGGAUUGCCCUGCCUGGGGCCGGAACGCGAGGACCGAGCCUGCCAGCUCCAGACGUGUUCCCGGCCCGGGGAUUGGGGGUUUUGGAGUCCCUGGACGUCCUGCACCGUCAGCUGCGGCGGGGGCCUGCGGAGCCGGAGCAGAGCCUGUGACAGCCCCGCCCCCCGAGGAGGCGGAGACUACUGUGAGGGACCGCCCACUCAGGUGGAGUCCUGUGGCUUGAACCCUUGUCCAGAUUUGAACUGUUCCAUUUUGGAAGACUCGGUUUAUAGUCGCUGCGGACCGCCCUGUCCUCGUUCUUGUGAUGACAUCACGCAUUGCGGCUUCGUGUGGGCAGUAUCGUGCGAAGAACUCGCACUAGAAUCGCGGCUUCGCAUGGGCAGUACCACAUCCCCCACUUGCACCAGCAACAUGGCUUCAUUGCCAGGGGGCUGGUGUGACUGGGCGCAGUGGAGUCCCUGUUCCCGGACAUGUGGCAGCGAGAUGGUGACUCGCUACCGGACUUGCAGCUGCCCCAAGCCCCAGCAUGGAGGCCGCGAGUGCGAGGGGGCGCAGGAGUAUCACGGAGACAGUGGGGUCCAGCUGCAGAGAAGAGCGUGUCUUGUGACCAGUUUCUGCCCAGUCGAUGGGGGCUGGUCCUCGUGGAGCGCCUGGUCUCCCUGUGAUGCCUGCCAUGGCGUGUCGACGAGGACCCGGGAAUGCAACAACCCCCCAGCUCGCUUUGGUGGCGUGGCGUGUCCCAGAGAAGCUCUCCAAAGCCGGCAGUGCCACGACGGAGUCACCCUCUGCGAUGACUGCCGAGGUGGCCAGGUGUCUUACCCCUGUGGCAAGCCAUGCCCGCGGACCUGUGAGGACCAGCAGCCUGACGCCGCCUGCGUGGAGAGUCCCAGCUGCCAACAUGCUUGCGCCUGCCCGGAUGGACAGCUGCUCCAGGAUGGCAUGUGCGUGGCGCCUUCGCAGUGCCGCUGCAAAUACCAGAUGCCCUGGCUGGGUGUCCCCGAGGAUCGGAACCUCUCCUCCUGGUUGGGACUGCCCAAGUGGGAGGAUGCCCAGCCUGGGGAGACCAUCCAUGCCCCCUGCCAGAACUGCACCUGCGUCGAUGGGCACCUGCAGUGCCAGGCAGACUCCUGGUGCCGCCUGGACGGCGGGUGGUCCAGCUGGGGACGAUGGUCUCCCUGCAGCCAGAGCUGCGGAGAGGGUGUCCGGUACCGUUUCCGGGAAUGUAGCAAUCCGCCCCCUCAAAAUGGAGGCCGGGGAUGUGCCGGUGGCGGAGAGCAGCAGAGACCGUGCCAGAAUGCAGAAGAAUGUCCAGAGGACGAAGCCUGGGACCCCUGGGACCCCUGGUCCCCCUGCAGCGUCUCCUGUGGCGGGGGAGAGCAGAUGCGUAGCCGACGUUGCCGACGUCCAGAUUGCCGGGGCCUGUCGUCGCAAAGCAAGACCUGCCACACGCACGUCUGUCUUGAGGUCGGCUGCCCUGUGGGCCGCCUCUACCGGGAGUGCCUGGCCGAAGAAGGCUGCCCCUAUAGCUGCGCCCACCUCACCCAUCAGAUGGACUGCUUCUCGGAUGGCUGCGAGGAAGGGUGCCACUGCCCGGCAGGCACCUACCAGCACAAAGGAGCAUGUGUCCAGGAGUGCCCCUGUGUCCUGAGCGAGGAGGUUCUCCAGGGCUUUCGGAGACAUUCGCCCCAGACCCCCGACGUACCUCAGCUCGUCAUCACUGCCGAAGGCCAACCUGUCUCCCAAGGAGAAGAAGUCGCCCCCAACAGCAUCAUCUCCGCCGCCUGCAGCAACUGCUCCUGUCGCAACGGCCAGCUGGAUUGCAUGUUCGCCCUCUGCCCUGUGGACGGGGGCUUCACAGAUUGGACCUCCUGGUCUCCCUGCUCCUUGACCUGUGGUGGACUGGGCAACAUGACCAGGACACGCGAUUGUGCCCGUCCAAAACCUGCCAAUGGGGGGAAGGACUGUAUCGGCCCUCGGAUGGACAUCAAAUACUGUCAAACCCUGGAUUGCAAAGCCUUGCCAGGAACUCAGCCCUGGUGACACUGUUGACAUGGCUGGCGUUUCUCUCCCCACCCGGCAGGGCUUGAGGACACUGACCUGACCCCCUGGUCCCCCUGGACCCCCUGCUCCAAGACCUGCAGUGACCCCAACCUCCCGGCCGUCAAGACUCGUUGGCGGUUUUGCCUGGGAGGCAGUGGCUGCGCCGGAGACACUGUGCAGGAACGCGAAUGCAACUUGCCACAAUGCACAGAGACCCCCGUGUGCGAGGGCAAAGAUUGCCUUGGCCUGAAUUGCACCUGGAACCCCUGGUCCCCUUGGAGCGAGUGUUCCCGCAGCUGUGGGGUCGGGCAGCAGCAGCGCCUGCGCACUUACCACCCUCCCGGCCAAGGCGGGCACUGGUGCCAAGACAUCCUGACUGCCAAUUUGGAGAGGCGUUUCUGCAACCUGCCGGCCUGUAAAGUGGACGGGGCCUGGUCGAAGUGGAGCCCCUGGUCGUGGUGUGACCGGACCUGUGGGGGUGGGCGCUCGGCCCGCACGAGGACCUGCACCAGCCCACCCCCCAAAAACGGAGGGCGCCCCUGUCCUGGCGAGAAGUACCACGUGCGCAUUUGCAACCCCCAGCCCUGCGAGGAGACCUGCCCUCCCAUGAUGCACUGGGUGGGGUGUGCCAACCGGUGCCCCCGGCACUGCUGGGACCUCCAGGAAGGCAUUCUCUGCCAGGAGAAGGACGCCUGCGAGCCGGGCUGUCGAUGCCCCGACGGUACGUUGGAGCAGGACGGCACCUGCGUACCCCUCACCCACUGCGAGUGCACCGAUGCCCAGGGACACAGCUGGGCACCGGGCAGCCAGUAUGACGAUGGGUGUAAUAACUGCACCUGUGCCGCUGGAGGGAGGCUCCUCUGCACCAACUACAUCUGUUCUCCCACUGAGUGCGCCUGGAGCCUCUGGUCCAGUUGGUCCCAGUGUAGCGUCACCUGUGGGAACGGCCUUCGCACCCGCUUCAGGACUCCCACCUCCGGCUCCUGGGCCCCCGACUGCCUGAAGGAGCAGGUGCAGACCCACCCCUGUGCCCUGGACGCCUGCCCCCCUCUGUGCCUGCAUGAGGGCCGCGAGACCAGCCUGGGCAGCACCUGGCUCCUGGGGGAGUGCAAGCAGUGCAUUUGCACCCCAGAAGGCAUUUACUGCCUGAACAUCACCUGUGUAGUGCACGGUGGAUGGACCCCGUGGUCCCCCUGGUCCGACUGUCCAGCAACCUGUGGCAGCAGUCUCCAGAUCCGAACUCGCGCCUGCAUCAACCCACCACCACGCAACCACGGCUUGCCCUGCGCGGGGCCCGACACCCAGAGCCAGAAUUGCUCCACCCAAGCCUGUCCCUCAGCAGAAGACGAGUCCCUGUGUCCCUGGUCAGCAUGGAGCCCAUGCUCUCAGUCCUGUGGCACGGGACUGACCUCACGUACCAGGAGCUGUGUUUGCCCGACGGCUUUGGCGGGAGCUGAAGGAGGUCCUUGCAGCCAGCGCGGCCCUCCCCUGGAGACGGAGCCUUGUUAUGUGCAGGCCUGCAAAGAUUGUCCCUGGAGUCCUUGGACCCCCUGGACUCACUGCUCAUGCAGCUUCCUGGUUCAACAACGCUACAGGAACCAACAAGGUUGGGAAACUGAAGGGGAGCCAUGCCUAGGACUGGACGGGCAAUUCCGGAUGUGCAAUUAUUCCCAGUGUUCAGAGUCCAGCUGUGAGCCCCCCUUUGAGUUCCGGGCGUGUGGCUCCCCCUGCGACAGCCACUGCUCCACCCUGAAGCACCCAGAGCUGUGCAAGGACAUUCCACGCUGCUUACCUGGUUGUUACUGCCCACAGGGUCUGUUGGAGCAGAGGGGGUCAUGUGUGCCACCUGCGCAGUGCGCUUGCCUCCACCCCCACCCGGCAGGGGCCCCCGUCUUCAUGGCGGCCGGAGACACCAUUCCAAUUGGCUGCAAGAAAUGUGUGUGCCAGGCGGGAGAGCUGCAAUGCAGCAGCCAGGAUUGCCAAGGGCUGCUUCCGCUGAGCGGCUGGUCGCCCUGGACAGCCUGCUCAGACUGUAGGCCACUGGCUGCCCUGGGGCCCUGGGCCCUCCCUGCCCUCUUGGCCCAGGCCGAGGCCUCUUGGCCUUCCCCGCCAGUCCAGGUCUCCCUUCAGAGCCGCUACCGGUUCUGCCUCGACCCGCAGACCGGCCACAUCUGGAGGGGUGCCGGCGACGUUUGCACCGCUGAGUUGGAGCAGCAACAGCUCUGCGUUGAGGAAACUGGCGCCUGCCAAGAUUUCUGCCUGUGGAGCAAGUGGGGGGCCUGGAGCCCCUGCCGGGCACCCUGCGGUGGAGGUUUCCGCCUGCGCCAACGAGGGCCCCAGCACCCUGAGGCCGAGCUGCGCUGCAAGGGGCUACGAUACCAGUCGGAGACCUGCAACAUGGGCCCUUGUCCAGGAGAGACAUGUGAGGACCGGGGCAAGGUGUACGAUGCCAAUUGUGCCAACGGCUGCCCCCGCACCUGCCUGGAUUCCUGGGAGCACGUCGAGUGCCUGCAGGGGCAGUGCAGGGAAGGUUGCCGGUGUCCCGAGGGGCAGCUUUUGCAGGACGGCUCCUGCGUGCCAAUCCCGGCUUGCCGCUGUGGUCUCGCCACGGCAAACAGCAGCGUGGAAGUCCUCCCUGGCCAGUUGGCAGAACUGGAUUGCCACAAUUGCACCUGCCAGAACGGCUCCUUCUCCUGUCCGGAGGAGAAGUGCCCAUCUUACGGCGAGUGGUCGGCGUGGAGCCCUUGCUCGGCCACGUGUGGAGGGGGCACCACCCUGAGGCAUCGGUCCUGCCACGAGACUCUCCACGGAGUGCCUUGCGUAGCUGAGUCCAUGGAAGGCACUGCGCGCUGCAACUCCCAGCCCUGUCCAGCUGGCUGCCUGUUCAGUGACUGGACCACAUGGAGCCCCUGUAGCGCCAGCUGUGGAGGAGGGGUCUCCGAGAGGCACCGCCAGCUGCUCUCCCCUCUGGGGCAGCCCUGCCCCUCCCUGCUCCUGCAGCACCGCAUAUGCCACCUGCAGAAUUGCACACUGGAAUGCCCUGGGACCCAAAUCUACCGUGAUUGUGCCAACACCUGUCCGCACACCUGCUCUGACCUCCGACUGGAAAUUCAAUGCCUGCAAGAGGAAUGCCAGCCUGGCUGUGUUUGCCCACCUGGCCAGGUGUUGCAGGACGGGCUGUGCGUCCGCCCGGAAGAGUGCCGUUGCGUGAUCAGCCAGGUGCCCGCCGCGCCCUGGGCUGCCAACUUAUCCGAGGAAAAGCGCACCCAGGAGCAUGGGCCCGGUAGUACUUUUCGACACGAAUGCAACACCUGCGUCUGCCAGAGGGGAGUCUUCACCUGCACCCAGGAGAACUGUGAUGCCUGUCCAGAGGGCGAACGCCGGCACCCUGCCGUUCUGCCGACUGCCUGUGAGCGCAGCUGCCGUCAGGUCUACGACGAGCUUGCCCAGAACUGCAGCUGGGGGAUGGCACGGGAUGGAUGCACGUGUCUGCCCGGGCACUACCGCAAUGGCAGCGGGCACUGCGUGGUGGCUGCCCGCUGCGAAUGUGAGGAGGGAGACCAGGUGUACUCGGCCGGAGCAGAAUGGCACAAGGGCUGCGAAGUCUGCCGCUGCGUGAACGGCCGGGCGCUGUGCGAGACGAGCUGUCUGCCCCUUGUCUGCCUCGAGGGCGAAGUCGAAAUGCAGGAGCCGGGCUCUUGCUGCCCCGUCUGUCGGAAGGAGCUGGUCGGUGAACCUCACCCGCACUGCCGACAUUUUACGGAACGUCGCAACAUUACCAAGGGGCUCUGCUUCUUGGCCGGCGUGGAGGUGGGCUUUUGCAAGGGGCAGUGCGCCUCCCACACCAACGUCAUCCCAGAGGAACCCUACCUGGAGACCGUCUGUGACUGUUGCAGCUACCAACUGGAUCCGGUUAGUCCGGUGCGCAUCCUGAAUUUGCAGUGCCUGGGCGGCGAGACAGAGCCUGUGGUCUUGCCGGUUAUCCGCGGGUGUGAAUGCAGCAGCUGCCAAGGUGGUGACCUCUCCAAACGUUGACCUCUCCUCUUCCACCGCGGAUCCAAACCGGGGUGCCCACCCACUCCACUGAAAAUUCUCCAGCCUUGCUCAGUCUUCCUCUUCUUCACCUGUCAAUAAACCAUUUUCAGCAGUUUCCGGUUCUUUUCUCGCAUCUCCUGGGGUCUCCGCUGGGAAGGGA